AUGUCUGAGGAUGAAGAAGAGAAGUCUUCAUCUAGUAUGGAAUUAGUUAUGGAUAAAAUUGAACUAGGAGUAAUGCAAUUACCGCAUAUGAUCUGGGCUCCAACAAAGUAUAAACCACAACAGAUUGCUCAGUUUAUUUCUCUUCUUCAGAUUAAAAAUUGCAAAAUUCGCAAAGCUGCUUUAGAAGCACGUAUCGAAAUCAAUAAUGCUACAACUUUGCUCUGUGCUGCUUUUGAAGACCUUAUGAUUAGUGAUUCUGCUGUACAUUGUCAUAUUACUGAAAAAUUAGAGUUUACGCUUAUUCGCACACAAGCAAGAGUAGUAGAACGAAACUCUGAAUCUAUAAUUUAA